AAUAUGGCGGGAAACCAAGUUGAGAGAAAGCUGCUUUAUGAUAGAUGUAUUGAAAUAGAAUUGGGAAAGAAGAAGUAUGAAGCCUGUCUGACUUAUUACAAUGAUCCUGCUAAGAUUUGCUAUGGAAUUAUACUUACACAUGGUGCUGGAGGGGACAUGAACCAUAAACAGCUAGUUUGUAUAGCAGAGAAAUUAGCUGAAGCAGGAUAUUUAGUCUUACGUUUUACCUGUAAAGGAUUGAACCUUGGCUAUAGGAUUAAAGUGUUUACAGGAAUAGUGGACUAUGUAAAGGAGAAAUAUCCUCAUCUAAAGGGAUGCUUUAUUGGAGGACGUUCCAUGGGAUCAAGGGCAGCUGUUGGUGUUUGUUGUGAUCCUACGAUGACCGAUCUUUUACAAGGUGUCAUAUGUUUAUCAUAUCCUUUACAUAAACCUAAUGACUUCAAACAGUUACGAGAUGGUCCACUUUAUGAUGUCACAAAGCCAGUCCUUUUUGUUAGUGGAACAGAUGAUAAUAUGUGUGACAGGGAGUUGUUUUUACCUAUCCUUGAUCACAUGACCAAAUGUCAGGUGCACUGGAUUGAAGGAGGAAAUCAUGGACUUGAAAUAAAGGGAAAACCCAGUGAAGAAAUAGUACUAGAAAUAGAUUGUGUUAUCAGAAAGUUUAUUCAGGAAUGUCUUACAGAUAAACCUAAGAGAAGUAAAGAACAGAAGCCUGUGAAAAAGAAAAUAAAAACUCAAUAAAA